AUGUGGACUCUUCCCAAGCCGAGAUACUGGUCACCUGCUUCGGAUCCUGAGAUAACAGUCAACAUCGGCGGAGUUCGGGUGGCUCUGACCGGGGACGUUUUGGACCGUUACCCUGAAAGCAGACUGUCGGAGUUGCUCCACUCCUCGGCUCACAACCCAGAGCAGAUCCUGUCCCUCUGUGACGACUUCGACCAGGCUCGGAAAGAGUUCUACUUCGACCGGGACCCUGAUGCGUUCAAGUGCAUCGUGGACGUUUACUACUUCGGCGAGAUCCACAUUAAGAACGGCAUCUGCCCGAUCUGCUUCACCAAGGAGAUGGAGUUCUGGAGGAUCGACCCGGGGGUUUUGGACGAGUGCUGCAAAAGCUACUUGGGUGAGAAGGAGGACGAGCUGCGGGAGAUAGCGAGCAAGGUGAAGGUGAUUCUGGAAGACUUGGAGGAGGAGAAGUCCGUGACGCGCAGCCAGCGGUGCCAGCGUUUCCUGUGGAGGCUGAUGGAGAAGCCCGGAUCUUCGCUUGUUGCGCGCGUAAUUGCCAUCACGUCCUUCCUGUCAGUGCUGGUUUCUGCUGUGGUCAUGUGUGUCGGGACCAUCCCGGAGCUCCAGGUGACCGACACCGAGGGGAAGCUGGUGGAGCACCCCACUCUGGAGGCGAUAGAAACCACCUGCAUGCUGUGGUUCACCGCCGAGUACCUGCUGCGCCUCCUCUCCGCUCCGAACAAGCUCCACUUCGCGCUCUCCUUCAUGAACUUGAUCGACUUCCUGGCGAUCACGCCCUUCUAUGUGGUCCUGGCUCUUACCUACCUGGGCAACACAUCCAUGAUGGAGCUGACCAACGUGCAACAGGCGGUCCAGGCGCUCCGGAUCAUGCGCAUUGCGCGUAUUUUCAAGCUGGCGCGUCACUCCUCCGGACUCCAAACUCUCACUUACGCGCUGAAGAGGAGCCUGAAGGAGCUCGGCCUGCUCCUCAUGUACAUGGGCGUGGGCAUCUUCGUGUUCUCCGCCCUGGCCUACACCAUGGAACAGAGUCACCCGGACACUUUAUUCCGCAGCAUCCCGCAGUCCUUCUGGUGGGCCAUCAUCACCAUGACCACCGUGGGCUACGGAGAUAUCUACCCCAAAACCACGCUGGGGAAGUGUAACGCCGCCGUGAGUUUUCUCUGCGGGGUCAUCGCCAUCGCGCUCCCGAUACACCCCAUCAUCAAUAACUUCGUGGUGUACUACAACAAGCAGAAGGUUCUGGAAACAGCAGCGAAGCACGAAGUGGAGUUGAUGGAGCUGAAGUCUGGCAGUGCCGUGCGCAGAAAGUCCAAGGACUGAUCAAUAAAGGACAAAUGCACAAUAUAAACAAUUCCUCCUUU